AUGAAAGACGCCUUCUCCAGUGCAGACGCUACUUGACGUCAGGCUCGAUUCCGCAACUAUUCAAUCGCGGGAAAAUUGCGGAUAGAUAAAGCAGCAGAAGGGGAAACGGGAGCAGACGAUCAGAUCCUCAGAGGUACAAACCAACUAUAAAAUGCCUUUAGGAGAGGAUGAAAAUGGAUGGAAAAAGAAUACGACUGAUAUCAAGGAGAAUUACGAUUUCAAAGAGGUGUUGGGAACAGGGGCUUUCUCUGAAGUGUUCCUGGCCGAGGAGAAGACGACCCAGCGACUCGUAGCCGUUAAAUGCAUCCCUAAGAAAGCUUUGGAGGGAAAGGAGAACAGCAUUGAGAAUGAGAUAGCUGUGCUACACAGAAUAAAACACGAGAAUAUUGUUUCACUAGAAGAUAUCUUUGAGAGUCAGUCACAUUUGUAUUUGGUCAUGCAGCUGGUAUCAGGAGGAGAGCUGUUUGACCGGAUUGUUGAAAAGGGCUUCUACACAGAGAGAGAUGCCAGCAAACUUAUUCGUCAGAUUUUAGAUGCGGUGAAGUAUCUCCACGAUAUGGGCAUUGUGCACAGAGACCUGAAGCCAGAGAAUCUGUUGUACUACAGUAUGGAGGAAGACUCCAAUAUCAUGAUCAGCGACUUUGGCCUGUCUAAGAUCGAAGAUUCGGGAAGCGUGAUGUCAACCGCAUGUGGAACGCCAGGAUACGUGGCUCCUGAGGUCUUGGCUCAAAAACCAUACAGUAAAGCUGUAGACUGUUGGUCCAUAGGAGUGAUUUCUUAUAUUCUAUUAUGCGGAUAUCCUCCAUUUUACGACGAAAACGAUGCCAAGCUGUUUGAACAGAUACUAAAAGCAGAAUAUGAAUUUGACUCGCCGUACUGGGAUGACAUCUCCGACUCAGCUAAGGAUUUCAUCGGUCACUUGAUGGAAAAAGAUCACUCGUUGAGAUACACAUGUGAACAGGCCUUGCAGCACCCCUGGAUUUCUGGAGAUACAGCUCUGGACAAAAACAUUCACGAGUCUGUCAGCGCUCAGAUCAAGAAAAACUUUGCCAAAAGUAAAUGGAAGCAAGCAUUUAAUGCGACAGCGGUGGUCAGACACAUGAGGAGACUGCAGCUGAGCACCAAUCUAGAGGGGCCGAGUCAAAUGAAUACCACCAGCCCGUAUCACAGACACCUGCUACUCCCCGCCAAAGAGCUCGACCAGGAGGAAGACGAGGAAGAGGAGGAGAGCGGUUCUCCCACUGUGGAUGGACGUCGGGGUAGUGCCGAUCGGGAGAGUCUCAGAAGCUGCGCUUACUGCUGUCGACCGACCAGCAGGAUCUAAAGUCGACUCAGCGCCAGCAGAACCUAAAAGAACCCAGCAGAACCCACAAACGCACUUCAAAUGCACCAGUCUGACCCCGAACACAGAUGUUUCCUGGUACUAUGCACUAGACGAAGCUAGUGUUGAUGGUGGGUGUGUUGCUUCGAACAGUAACUUAUCCAUUUUAACCAUCAUUUGUUGACUCCAGUUAAUAUUUAUGUAGCCCAACCAAAGAGAUUUAAAAUUGUGUUUAGGUUGUGUUUAUUUUUUUUAAAAGGUUAUAGAAAGGCGUAACACUUUCAGGUCUGAUCCACGUAGCAAUUUGGACUCACGUUUGUAAAGAAUUGCUCAGGCAUGUACGAUGAAAGUCAUUGUUUGUGUUAAGACUUUGUUUUAGAUCUCGCCUUAACUCCAUAUGUUCUUUGUUUUGGUCUUGGAUGUACUUCAGUUGUACGGGUUUCAGAUUUUGUGCUCUGGUUUAGACUGGUUCUGUAGUGCAUAGUUGUGAGUCAAGCACUGGACAUGUGCGUAACGGAGCUAGAGCAAAGUUAUCUCAAUUGGAGAUCACAUGAACUUGGGAGAAAACAUUUAAGUGAUGUGACUUGAGCCAUAGCAGUGAUGGGGAUAAGUGAUGUGAUGUAUUUUUACACAAUCACAAACCUGGAUGAUCACAGUUUCCAAAAAAUAUUUCGUUUUAGCAUAGUAUUAGAUUGUGUGGGCCAAAAACAAGAAGGGUGGUUACUUUGGCUUAAUGGUUAGAUUGCACUGGCAAAGCAAAGGUCAUGGGUUCAAUCCCAAGAAAUGCAUAGGCCUACCUAUAAAGGAAAUGGCAUUGUAGGGGUGUCCCUGUUGCAAAGGUUAUUCUUCAAGGUGUUUGCAUUUGGUUUUACCAAUAACCCAUGACCUUGGGUUGUUAAUGCAAUGCACUACCAACUGAGCUACAGAACCACUAAGUGCACAAGGUAGGCAGCCACAUUAAAAACAUCUAAAGGAUGAAAAAACCUACGGCAACAUCUCACUAUUAUUUGCAGCAAGGUAACUCGGCACGAUUUGGAACAGAUCUAUCGUUGUCUUAAAGGUGCAAUGUGGGACUUUAAGAAGAAUCUCUUGACAGAAAUGCAAUAUAAUAUACAUAAAUAUAUUAUCAGUGGUGUAUAAAGACCUUACAUAACGAACUGUAUAGUUUUUAUUACCUUAGAAUAAGCCGUUUAUAUACACUACGGGUCUCCUUACAUGAAACACAAUGAUGUGUUUAUCCUGUGGCGGCUACCGUAGCUUUUUUAUGCGUUUUGAAAGGAGGGGUGAGCUGUGGACUGGUUGGUUGCAAUUCACAGUCUCACCACUAGAUGUCGUUAAAAUUCCCACAUUGCACCUUUAAAGGGAUAGUUCACCCAAAAAUGAAAAAAAAUGUCAUUAAUGACUCACCUUCCAAACUCGUAAGACCUCCGUUCAUCUUCGGAACACAGUUUAAGAUGUUUUAUAUUUAGUCCGA